GCGCACUUUGUUCUCGAGACGGAACUCACUCCAUCACGGAAUUGAUCAGGCUCUCCAAGUCACUGUAUAGAAGAACCCGAGAACGCAGAGUCUACUGACCGAAGACGGUCAAGAUAGCUGCGCAUACACAAGAUGCACAGGUGACGAUCAAAACCGUAAGGGGUUACGACCACCAGAGUCCAGGGCUGUCAGCUUGAGCUGCUGUUCGCUCAGUCAUUACGAGAAUCGCAACGACACGAACCGGACCGUUUGAAUCAAAAAACACGAAUAACUUAACCUUAAUGAAUCCAACCGAAAAUCGAAAAUGCUCACAACAACACCCUACCUCACCAUCCGGCGUCCCUCGCCCACCACGGCCGAAUUCACCCUAACCACCUGUCCUCCUCUCACCCUCCCCCUCCGAGCCGCCUUAUUUGGUGUCCUCUGCCUACGCUUCAUCGCCGUUCUCUCCGUCAUAAUCGGCAUCUACGCGGCCUUCUUCUCUCCGACAGGGUUACUUCCUCCACCCAUCUUCCCCUCCGGCCGCAUCUCCUUCCUCGACUUCGACCUCAACAAUUUCCUCCUCCACAUCCUCCACCUCCUCUACAUUUCCCGCCCCGGCCAGUACCUUGCCUCCCUCGCCAUCUCCCUCCCGCCCUAUGCCGUCCUCGCUCUCUCGGCACUCACCUCGUACAUAGCCCUGUUCGCGCGUAUCCACACCACCGAGUCCCUCCUAGUUCUACGAGGGUUGGGGAUUCAAAUGUCUAGCAGCGUCGGCGGAGGUAAUUUCUUCCGCUUGGGGGGAGGCACCUUUAUGAAGAGGACGCGGUUCAUACCGACCGAAAAGAUACAGGAUAUCCUGAUCAACGAGGCGUUCAAAGGGUUUGAGGUCAGGUAUUAUCUGGUGAUUGUGGUGGAGGGCGAGCAGGAUGUCGUGGUUUGCUUUCCGAGGCUGUUGCCGAGACGGAAGAUUGUGGAGAGGGUGUGGAGGGGCGCGAGGGGGUGUUUGUAUGAGAAGGAUGGACCGGUGCUGAGCGCGGGAGCUGGUGGUGGCGGGGGGAGUCAUGGGGGGAAUGGGGCGUGGAGAGGUGGGAAUGGGAAUGGGAAGGGUGGAUAGUUGCUUCUAGACAUGGUGCAACUUGUAGGAAAUCUGUCUCAAGUUGUUGAGAGCGGAGCGGGCGUUUUUGUUUACUUGGUUCAUUGGUGUUUACAUACCUAGUGAUAUCAGCUGUCAUUUUUACAUAUUUCUGGGCCUCUAUUCCUUGUUGUCAAUCUUUGAAUACUCCAGAUCCAUUUUCCAACCAAAUAUCAGCAUCUCUGUAAUGCCGAGAGUGGUACAGAUGCUGCUGCCCCCCUACAUACAUGUGUGAGAACGCUCUGUCUCCAAUCUCUUGAACCUUUUCAAGACUCGUGUCAAAGGGGGUUUCUUUUCCUUCAAGUGGCCGAUGAAGACGUCGAACAUGUACAGGAGAUUAUAAUAUAGGCUGACACCAUAGACUCUUCCUUCGUUACCUGCCACGUACCACGGCAUUCAGCUCGGUCUGUACCGAAUGCUUAUGUCCUUGCGUGGCCUAGGUUCCUAUUGCCAAGGCUUGGUUUGUUGAGACUAGCCCGAUGAAAUGGUGAUAUAGACUAGGCAAAGAUAUCAAGCUCUGUCAGACUUGAAAGGCGACUUUUACUCAAUAACGUCCGCUUCCUGGUGCGCUUCAGCAGCCUAUAUUCAGGGCAGCACCAGGAA